AUGAUUCUAGUUGUGUGCAUUUUCUGUCUAAUCGCACAACCAUCGGAGUGCGGAUGGUUGAGCAAAACGUGGAAAAAAUUGGAAAAUUCUGCGAAAAAACGAAUCGCUGAAGGUAUUGCCAUAGCUAUAAGAGGUGGUCCCCGAUAUCGUCGUCAUAUUGGUGAUGCUAUCUAUGGAGACAUUCUUGCAACAGAGGAUGAUCCGACUGAAUUGGAGAUCCCAGAUUUUACCGAUAUCGAAAUAUGA